AUGUUCUCCCAGUUCGUCCAGUUACCAUUCGAUGUGCACCAUCAAAUCGCAACCAGGCUCGACGUGCGGUCGUUUGACAAGUUGGCAAAGACGUGCAAGUCUCUGCGGCGACAUCUCCAGGAUGAGAAUACCGCAAAGCAUGCCAUCCAGGCAAGUCUGCGACAUUGUCUCUGGGUACAGCUCGCCCUGUCUCCCGCGGCGCCCGGUCCGAGACAGACGCUGUCCCGGAUCAUCGACUCUCAGUCGGCCUUGCAGCAGGCGUUGCCCUAUUCGGCAUGUAUUAUAGCAUAUGCCAGCAGCUUUGCGUAUUCUUUCGGCAUUUUGUGCUACACGACGGCGAACGGCCUGCGGAUUCUGAACUUCAACAGCCGUCGAGCGACCGAGAAGGUGCUCGACAGCAGCGUCUUUGCCCGGGAGAUCAGCGUCACGACCAGGGGAGAGGACAAGGCUGUAGAUUUGCAGUCGAUCAAGUCGGUCCAGGUGCAGAGUUACGCGGCGGGCGUGGUGGUUCUCCUGUGUGAUUUCGGGCCUUUUGGCCAGUAUAUCUUUGCCUUGAAUAUAGCCGACAAUAAGACAUCGUCCACUCGCUUGGAAAAUGGCGGUGGCGGCAGUGGGGGACGUCACCCGCGUGUCCGGCUGUGUAUCCCCAUCCGGUCCAGCAACAAGCUGUUCGUCCGCAAUAAUGACCGCUUCGUGGUGCUGGGCUCGCACUCGGCGAUGGGCAGCCACAGUCAUCACGAGUGGUUGCUGCACGUCCACAGUCUGGAGACGGGCUUGUCGGUGACGGGGCAGCCACUGCAGCUGCGGGACUUUUACGGGUCCGAGAUUGGGUCGACGGCCUGCUUCACGGUCCACCAGGACGAGUUCUACGCCAUCACGAGCCAGACGAGCUUCGAGAGCGAGGAGGUCGACUGGACGAGCUACUACAACGUCAUCAAGUUCCGGCUGGACGAUCCGGACCCGGAGCUGACCGUCCAGCGCAUCUGGAGACGGCAGCAUCUGGAAGGUCCUAUCAACGACGCGUGGAACGACCUGGGCUUCCAGAUCGACCACUCGACAGGCGAGCUUUUGGUCGUCGAGGGCCGCAAGGAGUGGCUCAACGGCGGCAGCCGCUCCGUCCGGACCUACUACACGCAGCCCAUAAGCCGCGCCGAAUUCAAGGACUUGAAGACCGGGUUGCGGCAUCCGCCCAACGACCGCCUCAGCGUCACGCUCGACGAGCACAGCAACAGUCGGUGGGAGGAGCCCAUGGUGCGCAUAGACAGGUACGUGCACGAGGAAUACCGAGUCGAUGGCACUAGUGAGCCCACGCCCAAGGAAUACAUCCGCGCCAGGACCAAGUGGAAUGGGUAUUCAUUCAACGCGCAGGCCUUUGUCGAUCUCGUGACGGACGAGGCGACCAUCGAAGGCGAGUGGCGGCCGCGGCAGCGCAUCAAGUUGCGUGUGGCCAGUAGACAGGAGAUUAGCCCUCUGGUCGAAGACGCGACAACCAUGACAAACGGAUCUGUGGCUCUCGUGCUUCGCAAGCGUAGGCGCGAUCGCGAGGGCCAGGAGAUCGAGGACGGAGAGCGCGCCUACACGCCGAGCAGGAUCUCUUUGUGGCCCCCAGACGACGCGCCCCAGGGACUGCACGACGUCCUCUGCCCUGAAGGCCGAGCAGGGGACGUCAAAGCCAUGCUGGGAGACGAGGGCAUCGUGUACAUGGCCGGUCCCCCGCGUGAGCCGGGCUCAGCCGAGCGGGCUCUCGUCUUUGUGUGCUUCGACCCGACCUUUGGUUUCGAGGGGAUGCUACGGCUCGAUGGCAGUCCAGCUUCGCCGAGAUCAGAAAGGAAGAGAAAGGUGACGGCGCCCUGCCACGGGGUCAACGAGACGCAGGAAUCUGUCAGUUUAGACGGGAGGGGGCAGAGCCAGCACAAGUUCGACGGCGACCUCACGGACCACACGAAACGGCUGAAGCUGGAAGCGUUGCUCAAGCUAGGGGAGACGAAACACUCGACUUCUUCUCCAUCACGGAGUGACGAGCAGGAAAUUUCUGUCCUCCCACAAGACCAGAUAGUCGAACCGGGCCUGAGCCUCUAUCCAACUCCCGUGCCUGUCUCGCCCACCAAGGAGUUCUAUUCUACGGCGUCAGUGCCCUCUGGCCCCGUCGAGUUACCAUUGACGGUGCAGCCCCAGACGUCCUUGCUGGCCGGGAUCCUGAAACCGAACCCGACGCUCGACUCCAGAGUGCCUCAGUCGCAGCUACAGCUUCUGCCCUCUCCGUCGCCCUCGCCCUCGCCGUCUCCAUCACAAUCCGCAUUUUCCGCGCGCCUUUCCAAACCCCUACAAAGCCCGUGUCCCCCACGGCAGACUGGCCAAGGUCAAGCCAAGGGCAAAGGCAAGGCCUCGGCACCACCUCCCGCAGGUCUCCAGACGUGGCGGGAAAAGGCAAUGUACAUGUCCAUUGGCAAGGGAUACUGGCUGCGCUGA